AUCGAUAUCCUAUUUGUCAAUGAUCAGGUGAUUCGAAAACCGCUCAUCUUAACUCAUUUCGAAAAUCUAAGUUAUCCUAUUUUUUCAACAACCCAUUCAGAUUACAUCAUUUUCUCUAAAAUAUCAAAUUCGAUCGACUUAAAGAUGUUACCGUUGACAUUGUUACGUACUGCUCAGAAUCAUCCAAUGUUAGUCGAGCUAAAAAAUGGUGAAACUUAUAAUGGCCAUUUGGUAAGCUGUGAUAAUUGGAUGAAUAUCAAUCUCCGUGAAGUAAUCUGUACAUCACGUGAUGGUGAUCGAUUUUGGCGUAUGCCAGAAGUUUAUAUACGUGGUGUAAAUAUUAAAUAUCUUCGUAUACCUGAUGAAGUUAUCGAUAUGGUUCGUGAAGAAGAAUCCAAACAUCAACGACAAUCACGUGGUAAAAUCGAUACGAAUAAACGGCCAAUGUUAAAUCGAAAUAGUGGUGGUGGUCCAGGUGGACGAGGAGGCAGCCUUGGCGGAAGUGGACGAAAUACUCGGAAUCCUAAAUCCAAUCAAAAUACUUAUAAAAAUCGAAAUAAAUAAUAGCAACAUUUUCAUAAGAUUAUCA